AUGUUUUCAAUACUUAUUGCUGGUCGAUUACCACAAAUGAAUUUUCAACAAGUAAGCGAAACACAAUUUGUUAUUCCAAUAUCAGAUGUUGAUCAUGUUAAUCAUCUUGUUGUUUUCAUGACUGGUCAAAUACCAUUUCCUGAAAAUUUUGGUGGUGGUGGCAAGUAUUAUUUUACUUUAGUUGGCCAACCAAGUGCAAUUUUUAAAAUUAAUAAAAUUAAAGACGUUGACUCUAAAACAAGUUUAUCAUUAGUGCCAAGUUUAUUCAGUGGAUUUCAACAUCAAACAGCCAUUCCAACGGAUGGUUUAUUAGGUAUAAGUGUUGAACCUUUAACUCAACUUGAACAACAAAUUCAACCAUAUGAUAUAGCUCCAUCAACAGUUGCAUCAAACGUUGAAUUUGUAUCAAAAAUGCUAAAUAAUUUUGUUAAUUAUGUAACAUCAUUUGUUCAAAAUGUUCCUGGAACAGCAGAACAAAUUGUUCCAUUAAGUGUAAUUCAAACAUGGUAUAAUAAUUUUCAACGACGUAUUGCUGAAAAUCCCAAUUUUUGGAAAUAA